AUAAAUUGAUAAACCAGGCGAUCCAUUCAGCUAGUUGGAUGAGGAAUGCAGUAGCUAUAGCGAACCGUACGGACACCUGUAGGACUUUCUCCCCGCACCGUUAGCAUCAGCACCAUGGCUGGCUUCAGACAGGAAGAUGUUGAGCUCUACUACGAGAUGGGAGAGGAGCUGGGCAGUGGACAGUUUGCCAUCGUCCGGAAGUGCAAGGAGAAGAGAACGGGCGUCGAGUACGCGGCCAAGUUCAUCAAGAAGCGGCGCCUGUCGUCCAGCCGGCGUGGGGUGAGCCGCGAGGAGAUUGAGCGCGAGGUCAACAUCCUGCGAGAGAUCCAGCAUAGCAACAUCAUCACACUUAACGAUAUCUUUGAGAACAAGACGGAUGUGAUCCUGAUCCUGGAGCUGGUAUCCGGCGGGGAGCUAUUCGACUUCCUGGCCGAGAAGGAGUCUCUGACCGAGGAGGAGGCCACGCAGUUUCUCAAGCAGAUACUGGAUGGCGUCCACUACCUCCACUCCAAACGCAUCGCUCACUUCGACCUGAAGCCUGAGAAUAUUAUGCUGCUGGAUAAGAACGUUCCCAACCCCAGGAUCAAGCUGAUUGAUUUUGGGAUCGCUCACCAGAUCAAAGCUGGGAACGAGUUCAAGAACAUCUUUGGGACUCCAGAGUUUGUCGCACCAGAAAUAGUCAACUACGAGCCUCUCGGCCUGGAGGCAGACAUGUGGAGCAUCGGAGUGAUCACAUACAUUCUACUGAGCGGAGCGUCGCCGUUCCUCGGCGAGACCAAGCAGGAGACUCUGACCAACAUCUCAGCUGUCAACUACGACUUCGACGAGGAAUAUUUCAGCAACACCAGCGAGCUGGCCAAGGACUUCAUACGCCGCCUGCUGGUCAAAGACCCAAAGAAGAGAAUGACAAUUGAUGACAGUCUGGAGCAUCCCUGGAUUAAGGUUAUCAAGAGGCGAAACGUGCGCCAGGAGGACCGGGAUCACAAAACAGAGCGCCGUCGCCUGAAGACCACCCGGCUGAAGGAAUACACCAUCAAGUCUCACUCCAGCAUGCCUCCCAACAACACCUAUGUGAACUUUGAGCGUUUCUCCCAGGUGCUGGAGGAGAUCGCUGCCGCGGAGGAGGGCCUGAAAGAGCUGGAGCGCAACCAGCGCUCCUGCCAGGAGGACGUGGCAGCGCUGCUAUCCAUCUACGAGGAGAAGGAGGGCUGGUACAAGGAGGAGAACCAGAGCAUCUCCGCCGACCUCAGCCACAUCCGCCAGGAGCUGCAGCGCUCCCAGACGCAGCGCAGGAAGUGCCAGGAGGACGCCCGGCUCACCAUGCAGUCAGCCAACAACCUCAAGCGCAAGUUUGGGCGUCUGGAGAACCGCUACGACGCGCUCUCCGAGCAGGUGGCCUUGGAGGUCCGCUGGGUGGAGGAGCUGCUCAGGUCCAUGUCUGCAGAGAAGGACGCCCUCGGAUCCGGCAGCGUCCCCUGAGCUGAGCCGCCGUCCAGCCAAGACGUUUUCUCUCUACAGCUUCAUCCCGCCCUUCUGCUCUGCUUGUUCUCAGAGGAGAUAAGUGUCAUCUCCACGCGCUUCGCUACUGCUGCUGCAUAUCGGGAAAAUCUUCCACCAUUUUCAUCCCAGAGGGAAGGACGAGAAUCUAAGAGGCAAACAUGUUGAAGCCACUUCUGCAAAAGAAGGCUGUUAUUUUUUUAAAAAUAUACAUUAAUUUAUGAUUUCUAGAUAUUUUAACGUACCAUAACUCGGCUGUCAUUUCAAACCGUGUUGGCGAGGAAGGAAAUGACUCCCAUUCCUUUGAGCAUUUGUAGCCUGGUUUGUCAUUUUAAAGACUAGCUAGUUUUCAAUUUAACCCUUUGUGUUCCUGUUGAUCUUCACCAUAUAUGUAAUAUUAUCAGAUUUCUGAGGGAUUCAGGUGUAUUUAUUCAUGCAGUUACAUGCAUGUCUGGACUGAAUGUCGAUGCAAUAAAUUUAAAGCCUCAGCGCUGAAUAUAGAGCUUUAGGGUAACGCUUUAUUUUACAUGUCAUGUAAUUUAAAUUGGAUCACCUGUUAACUAUUGAAACCGUUCUCCAUCUCAUUGGUGCCAAAUCAUUUAUUUUAGCAGGAGAAUAACUUGAUAUAGGUUUGAAUUUACAGUAACUACUAAAAUAAAGCAUUACCUGAUUUGAGAAUGUAUGAAUCAGCCUUUGCAGUGCCUGAAAACAGAUCAACCUCAUCGUGGGCAUUCAGCUGCCAUCAGCUCAAUCAUUUUAGUCUUAAAAUGCGACAUGUUUUGCACAGUAGUCUUGUAGACCCAACGGUGUGCAUGGAACCUUCUGUCAGUACAUUCGGUGUAACUGCGUUCGUCAAGGCACACUUCAGACAUUCCAUUGACGAGUUUCACAUCCAGCUACCACGUUCCCUGUGCAGGAAUAGUGUUUUAUCGUCUGUAGUAUUUUUCAGUAGAGAAAUGUACUCAUUUGCACUUAUAAAGCAGUUUCAGAAUCUAUUUUAAUCUGUAUCCUGAUCUGUAAGUAUUUCUGGGAACUGUUUCAAAUAAAGAAACUUCAGCAAA